UCAGAUUUUAUGAGCAUGAAUUUUUUUGGUUGGUUGUUGAGAAAUUCUGGAGCUUUUUAUAUUCAACGUAGCUUUGGAGAUAACCAACUUUACUGGGCUGUAUUUACAGAAUAUGUUCAAACACAGAUUGCAAAUAGUGAUAGACCACUUGAGUUUUUUCCAGAGGGAACUAGAAGUAGAACAGCUAAAUCUUUGUGUCCUAAAUAUGGUUUGUUAUCUGCUGUGUUGGAAGUUUAUUUCAAAGGCAAAGUAUCAGAUAUCAAAAUAAUACCAAUUAGUAUUAGUUACAGCCGCAUCCUUGAAGAAAAGCUUUAUGCUUAUGAAUUACUUGGUGUCCCCAAACCUAAAGAGUCAACUUAUGGUCUCUUCAAAGCAAGAGGUGUUUUAUUUGAAGAUUAUGGCAAUAUUCAUGUUCAUAUAGGUGAAGCUAUUUCAGUCAGUAGUUUCAGUGAAAAUAUAAUCAACAGAGAAAUUCACAACUUACUGCCACGAUACAUAAGCUCUGUCUCAUUGGGAGAACAGAAGCUCAUUAUGCGACUUUCCUACCAGAUACUUCUAUGCCAACAAAAGUACUUUGUUGUCAGCCCAUGGUCCAUGAUUGCUGCUGUUCUCAUGCAAAAUAAAGAAGGUAUAUCUUUCAAGCAACUUGUGAAACAAGUGGAAUGGCUGAAAAGGCAGGCAUCUAAUCUAGGUGCUUACAUUGAUUGGCCAGGUCAUGAACCUGCUGAAAGUGUAAUCCAAGACAACAUGCUGAUCCAUAAGAAACUUGUUUCCUUCAAAAAUUCAGACAUUGUUGAAAUGACAGUACUCAAGAAAGGCUAUGAUAACUUAAUGGAUAGUGCAGCCCAACAUCUUAUGAUUGCUUCUUAUCGAAAUCAACUGACUCAUAUAUUUGUCCGUGUUGCUAUGAUAGCUCUACCUGUCAAUGCCUGUACUAAGGACACACUAUUACUAGAUGAUCUCUAUGAAAAGUAUGUUUUUCUGGAGAGACUUUUCAGCAGAGAGUUUAUCUUCCUUCCAGGAAACACUAAACAGGAUUUUGAACAAGCCCUAUUAGUUUUAGCCCAUACUUGUGGAGUCGUACUACAAGAUGAAGUUGUAUUGAUUAAACCAUCAACCAAUAAAUAUACAGUAUUCUUUAGCCAUAUGUUUGAACCAUUUCUGAUGGGAUAUUGGGUUCUGUGUCAGCAUCUGCUGUCAAUGCCACAAGUAGGUCAUGGCAAAUUGCUUGCUAAACCCAUACAAAUGCUGGCAAAGGAAGCCCAGAUGGUUGCAGCUCGAUUACUCCGUGAACAAUUGAUUAAACAUCCAGAAAUACUGUCUCUUAACUUACUUAAUAAUGGACUCAUAGCUUUGUAUAAUAUGGAUGCUCUGCAUAAAGAAAAAAGAGGUGGAAAUGUGUAUAUGUCACCAAAUACUGUCGUAUUAACAAAAAUUACAGAGAAUAUUGCUCAACAGAUUGAAGUUCCAACUGUACCAGUGGCUAGUAUCAACCUUGAUACUAAGACAGUUGUUGUUAAUGCUAAAUUAUAGAGCCUGUUACUGUUUUGUUUUCUUCUCAGUGGUAAUAGAAACACUGACAACUAUAUGAUAUCAAAAAGAUUUCUUUUUAUAUUUCAAAUAAUUUUCCCUUUUUAUGGCUUCCUUUGUUAUAUACAUGGAUUACUUCUAGAUGAUGGAUAUUUAAAUAAUAUUUAAAACAGUU